AUACUUUUCUGCUGUGAGAAUGUAAGAUGGAUCCAGAAGAGCAGGAGCUCUUAAAUGAUUACAGAUACAGAAGCUACUCUUCAGUGAUUGAAAAGGCUUUGAGAAAUUUUGAGUCCUCGAGUGAAUGGGCGGAUCUCAUAUCUUCACUUGGCAAACUCAACAAGGCUCUUCAGAGUAACCUGAGGUACUCCUUGUUGCCAAGACGGCUCCUCAUCAGUAAAAGAUUAGCUCAGUGUUUGCAUCCUGCCCUGCCCAGUGGUGUGCACUUAAAAGCCCUAGAAACCUAUGAGAUUAUCUUUAAAAUUGUGGGGACCAAAUGGCUGGCCAAGGACUUGUUUCUGUACAGCUGCGGGUUAUUUCCUCUCCUGGCACAUGCGGCGGUGUCGGUGAGGCCGGUGCUGCUCACCCUGUACGAGAAGUACUUCCUCCCACUGCAGAAGCUGCUCCUGCCCAGUCUGCAGGCGUUCAUCGUCGGCCUGCUGCCCGGCCUCGAAGAAGGCUCCGAGAUCUCCGACAGAACGGACGCUUUGCUCCUGAGACUAUCGCUGGUGGUCGGCAAAGAGGUGUUUUACACCGCCCUCUGGGGGAGCGUCCUGGCCAGCCCGUCCAUCCGCCUCCCUGCCUCAGUCUUCGUGGUGAACCACAUCAGCAGGGACGCCCCCGGCCAGGAGCAGAAGUACAUGCUGGGGGCCGAUCACCAACUCACGGUGAAAUCUUUGUGUGCCUCCCUGUUGGACUCAAAUGUUCUUGUGCAAAGAAAUAAUCUGGAAAUCGUUCUGUUUUUCUUCCCAUUUUAUACCUGUCUGGAUUCCAAUGAGAGAGCCAUUCCCCUCCUCAGAUCUGACAUCGUGCGCAUUCUCUCAGCUGCCACCCAGACACUACUGAGAAGGGACAUGUCCCUGAACAGAAGACUGUAUGCAUGGUUACUAGGCUCAGACAUUAAAGGAAAUACCGUUGUGCCAGAAUCUGAAAUCUCAAAUUCUUAUGAAGAUCAGUCGUCUUAUUUUUUUGAAAAAUACUCCAAGGAUCUUUUAGUUGAGGGUCUGGCUGAGAUAUUGCAUCAGAAGUUCAUAGAUGCCGACGUGGAGGAACGCCAUCAUGCAUACCUGAAGCCUUUUCGCGUCCUCAUCAGCCUGCUUGACAAGCCAGAGAUAGGGCCUCAGGUGGUUGGGAAUUUGUUUCUGGAAGUCAUCAGGGCCUUUUAUUCUUACUGCAGAGAUGCCCUUGGUUCUGAUCUUAAACUUAGCUACACCCAGAGUGGAAAUUCGCUGAUAAGUGCAAUCAAAGAAAACAGAAAUGCCUCUGAGAUUGUCAAAACGGUAAAUUUGCUGAUCACUUCUCUAAGCACAGACUUUCUCUGGGAUUAUAUGACGAGGUGUUUUGAGGAAUGCUUUAGACCAGUGAAGCAGCAUUACAGUGUGAGGAACAGCGUCAGCCCUCCCCCGACGGUGUCGGAGCUCUGCACCCUCCUGGUCUUCCUGCUGGAUGUCAUUCCCUUGGAACUGUACUCUGAGGUGCAAACCCAGUAUCUCCCUCAGGUGCUCGGCUGCCUGGUGCAGCCUCUUGCUGAGGACAUGGAGGCCUUAAGUUUACCUGAACUCACGCAUGCCUUGAAGACGUGUUUCAAGGUGCUCAGCAAAGUCCAGAUGCCGCCUUCCUACCUCGACACAGAGUCCACCAGCGGAACCUCGAGUCCAGUAAAAGGUGAAAACAACAAAAUAAUUUUGGAAACAAAGGCAGUGAUUCCCGGUGAUGAAGAUGCUUCGUUUCCCCCUCUGAAGUCUGAGGACAGUGGGAUCGGGCUCAGUGCCUCGUCACCGGAGCUCUCUGAGCACUUGAGGGUUCCUCGCGUUUCUCUGGAAAGGGACGACGUUUGGAAGAAGGGCGGGAGCAUGCAGAGGACGUUUCUUUGCAUCCAAGAGCUAAUUGCCAACUUUGCCAGCAAGAACAUUUUUGGAGUACAGCUGACAGCGUCAGGAGAAGAAAGCAAGUCCGAGGAACCUGCAGGGAAGAGAGACCGGGGUGGGACGCAGAGCCUGGCGACUGAGGAUUGCAGCAGGAAGAACUCGUGGGAGCCCAAGCCCAUCACGGUGCCUCAGUUCAAGCAGAUGCUUUCGGACUUGUUCAUGGCGCGAGGGUCUCCGUUCAAGACAAAAAAUUCAGAGUCACCGUCGUCUUCGCCCAGCAGCCCCGCCAGGAAAAGCGGGAGAGAAUGGGAUGUUGAACAGGUGAUCAUUGACCUGAGGGGUUCCGGGGAGGAAUGCAGGGAGGCCUUUGCCGCCGCCUGCCACCUGCUGCUGGACUGUGCCACCUUCCCUGUCUACCUGUCCGAGGAAGAGACCGAGCAGCUCUGUGCAACGCUCUUCCAGCUGCCAGGAGCCGGUGAUUCCAGUUUUCCAUCUUGGCUGAAAUCCCUUAUGACCAUUUGCUGCUGUGUGACUGACUGCUACCUCCAGAACGUGGCCAUUUCCACUCUGCUGGAAGUGAUAAACCAUUCCCAGUCCCUGGCUCUUGUCAUUGAAGACAAGAUGAAACGCUACAAGAGCUCUGGACACAACCCUUUUUUUGGCAAGCUGCAGAUGGUGACGGUUCCUCCCAUUGCUCCAGGGAUUUUAAAAGUCAUUGCAGAGAAAACAGAUUUCUAUCAGGCGACAGAGGUGACCCUGGACUCCAAUACUGAGCUCCGAAUGUGCUGCUCUGUUAAAGUGAACACUCAGAGAGAGAGGAUGCAGGUUCUCCUUUUCCUUGUGGCCGAAUCAGUCAAAGGAGAAGGCAGAAUCUUUGCUGUGGUUGCUUUCCUCACUCCCAUUUAUUUCCUCAUCAAGGGAACAAGGCUGGAAGCUCUGUUUAGAUUUUCCGUGAUCUGGCAUCUGACAAGAGAGAUCCAAGGCAGUCGAGUAACAUCUCACAAUCGCUCCUUUGACAGGUCCUUGUUCGUCGUGCUGGACAGCCUGGCCUGCACGGAUGGCGCCAUCAGCGCAGCAGCCCAGGGCUGGCUGGUGCGUGCGCUCUCCCUCGGGGACGUGGCUCGCAUCCUCGAACCCGUGCUCCUGCUCCUGCUGCAGCCAAAAACCCAGAGAACCUCCAUCCACUGCCUCAAGCAGGAGAACUCGGCCGAUGACUGGCACCGUUGGUUUAACAGGAAAAAAACCUCUUUCAGAGAAGCAUCUGCAGGGCCCGAGCCUCAGGAGAGUGGCUCUGAAGAGCACCUGCCUCUGAGCCAGUUCACCACGGUGGACCGUGAAGCCAUUUGGGCCGAAGUGGAGAAGGAGCCCGAGAAGUACCCGCCACGAGGCGAGCUGAGCGAGGAAGAGCUGCCCUACUACGUGGAGCUUCCAGACAGGACGGCCCACGGCGCCCCAGACAGCAGCGAGCACACCGAGUCCGCAGACACGAGCUCUGGCCACACGGACAGCGAGAACACGUCCUCCUUCUCCUCCCCUUCCCACGACCCGCAGGAGCUGAGCAAUGAAGAGAACUGCUGUGCGCCCAUCCCCAUGGGAGGCAGGGCAUACCCCAAGCGCUCGGCCCUGCUGGCGGCCUUCCAGUCAGAAAGCUUCAAGGCUGGGGCCAAGUUAAGCCUGGUGCGGGUGGACUCGGACAAGACGCAGGCUUCUGAGUCGUUCUCCAGCGAUGAGGAGGCCGACUUGGAGCUCCAGGCCCUCACUACGUCCAGGCUGCUGAAGCAGCAGCGGGAAAGGCAGGAGGCCGUCGAGGCCUUGUUCAAGCACAUCCUGCUCUACCUGCAGCCCUACGACUCUCGGCGGGUCCUCUAUGCCUUCUCGGUGCUGGAGGCUGUGCUCAAAACCAACCCUAAGGAGUUCAUCGAGGCCGUGUCCAGGACUAGCAUGGACACCAGCUCCACCGCGCACCUCAACCUCAUCUCCAACCUCCUGGCUCGCCACCAGGAGGCCCUUAUUGGCCAGAGUUUCUACGGAAAGCUCCAGACCCAGGCCCCCAACGUGUGCCCCCACUCUCUGCUCCUGGAGCUGCUCACCUACCUCUGCCUGAGCUUCCUGCGCUCCUACUACCCCUGCUAUUUGAAGGUGACGCACCGAGACAUCCUCGGCAACCGGGACGUGCAGGUCAAAAGUGUCGAGGUUUUGAUCAGGAUCAUGACGCAGCUGGUCUCGGUGGCCAAGUCUUCGGAAGGGAAGAACGUGGAAUUCAUCCACAGCUUGCUGCAGAGGUGCAAAGUUCAGGAGUUCGUCCUGCUCUCCCUGUCGGCGUCCAUGUACACGAGCCAGAAGCGCUACGGGCUGGCCACCGCCCACCACGGCAGGGCCGUGCCGGAGGACAGCCUCUUUGAGGAGAGUCUCAUCAACUUGGGUCAGGACCAGAUCUGGAGUGAGCACCCACUGCAGAUUGAGCUGCUGAAGCUGCUGCAGGUGCUGAUUGUCUUGGAGCACCACCUAGGCCGGGCCCACGAGGAGGGGGAAAACCAGCCGGACCUGUCCCGGGAGUGGCAGAGAGCCCUGAACUUCCAGCAGGCCAUCAGCGCCCUGCAGUACGUGCAGCCGCACCCCCUCACCUCCCAGGGGCUGCUGGUCUCUGCGGUGGUGAGGGGUCUGCAGCCCGCCUACGGCUACGGCAUGCAUCCCGCCUGGGUGAGCUUGGUCACGCAUUCCUUGCCCUACUUCGGAAAGUCCCUGGGCUGGACAGUGACACCCUUUGUUGUCCAGAUUUGCAAAAACUUGGAUGACUUGGUCAAGCAGUAUGAAAGCGAAUCUGUGAAGCUCUCUGUCAGCACAACCUCCAAGAGGGAAAAUAUUUCUCCAGAUUAUCCACUCACCCUUUUAGAAGGUCUGACAACUAUUAGUCAUUUUUGUCUUUUGGAACAAAACAACCAAAACAAAAAGACCAUGGCCACAGGUGAUCCUGCCAACUUGAGGAAUGCCAGAAAUGCCAUCUUGGAAGAGCUGCCUCGAACUGUUAACACCAUGGCCCUUCUCUGGAAUGUUCUCAGAAAGGAGGAGACUCAAAAGAGACCUGUCGAUCUCCUAGGGGCCACAAAGGGAUCCUCUUCCGUUUACUUUAAAACCACCAAAACCAUAAGACAGAAAAUUUUAGACUUCUUAAACCCCUUGACGGCCCAUCUUGGGGUUCAGUUGACAGCAGCUGUUGCGGCAGUGUGGAGCAGAAAGAAAGCCCAGCGUCACAGUAAGAUGAAGAUUAUCCCAGCGGCGAGUGCAUCCCAGCUGACCCUUGUCGACUUGGUGUGUGCACUCAGCACCCUGCAGACUGACACGUUGCUGCACCUGGUGAAGGAGGUGGUGAAGAGGCCACCCCAAGUCAAAGGGGGUGACGAGAAAUCGCCCCUAGUGGACAUUCCUGUGUUGCAAUUUUGCUAUGCUUUUCUCCAAAGGCUUCCAGUACCAGCCUUGCAAGAGAACUUUUCUUCACUGUUGGGAGUAUUGAAGGAGUCUGUACAGUUGAAUCUAGCCCCACCUGGGUAUUUUCUGCUUCUCAGCAUGCUGAAUGACUUUGUAACAAGAACUCCCAACCUGGAAAACAAGAAGGAUCUAAAAGACCUGCAGGAAAUCACUCAGAAAAUCCUAGAAGCUGUGGGGAACAUUGCUGGCUCUUCCUUGGAGCAAACCAGCUGGCUAAGCAGAAAUCUGGAAGUGAAGGCCCAACCUCAGGCCUCUCUAGAAGAAUCUGAUGCUGAGGAGGACCUAUAUGAUGCUGCUGCAACUUCAGCAAUGGUGUCUUCAUCCGCCCCUUCCGUGUACAGCGUGCAAGCCCUCUCUCUCCUGGCAGAGGUACUGGCUUCCCUCCUGGACAUGGUUUAUCGAAGUGACGAGAAGGAGAAAGCUGUGCCGUUAAUCUCCCGUCUGCUUUACUAUGUUUUUCCAUACUUACGCAACCACAGUGCCUACAAUGCUCCCAGCUUCCGGGCUGGCGCUCAGCUGCUGAGCUCCCUGAGUGGCUAUGCCUACACCAAACGAGCCUGGCGGAAGGAGGUCCUGGAACUGUUCCUCGACCCUGCUUUCUUUCAGAUGGAUACUUCUUGUGUUCAUUGGAAGUCCAUUAUUGACCAUCUUUUGACCCAUGAGAAAACAAUGUUUAAGGAUUUAAUGAACAUGCAGAGCAGUUCUUUGAAACUAUUCUCAAGUUUUGAACAGAAAGCCAUGCUGUUAAAACGCCAGGCUUUUGCUGUCUUCAGUGGAGAACUUGAUCAAUACCACCUUUACCUUCCACUGAUACAAGAACGCCUGACAGACAAUCUCAGAGUCGGACAGACAUCCACAGUUGCUGCUCAGAUGUUUCUUUUUUUCAGAGUUUUGCUGCUAAGAAUAUCUCCUCAGCAUUUGACUUCAUUGUGGCCAAUAAUGGUCUCUGAAUUGAUUCAGACAUUCACACAGCUUGAAGAAGAUCUAAAAGACGAAGAUGAGUCAUUGAGAAGCAACAACAAAGUAAACAGAACGAAAGGUUCAGUCCCGGAUGCAAAUGGACACUCAGUGGGGGAGAUACCCCAGAGUGAACUCAUCUUGUAUUUAUCAGCUUGCAAAUUCUUGGACACAGCGCUUUCUUUUCCACCUGACAAGAUGCCAUUAUUUCAAAUGCUUAGCACAGCUGCUCAUUUGUUUAAUUUCAUGACCAGCCCCAGAGGCUAUUUCUCUCUCUCCUACCCCCACAAAGAGAGUAAGCAUAUAGAAAUGUUUGUGGUUAAAGAGUGGGAAAUCAGUAGCUCUGAUGAGAUCACCAUGAAGACUGAGUUCCCGCUUCUGCGCCAACAUUCUGUUUCCAGCAUCAGGCAGUUGAUGCCAUUCUUCAUGACUCUAAACUGUGCAUUUAAAACCCAAAGACAGCUGCCUGCUGAUACCCCAGGAGCUCCAUUCUUGGACUUUCCUGUCACAGAUAGCUCAAGGGUCUUAAAGCAACUGGAAGAAUGCAUCGAAUAUGAUUUUCUAGAACAUCCAGAAUGUUAACCAUGUGAGAGAGAAUAUGUUUAAUCCAUGUAUUGGUACUUUACUGAAAACCAGGUUAUAUUCUAAAGAAGAAAGAAGGCAGGAUAGCGCUUUUAAAGCCUAUUUCCAUUUUGAAAGUAGAUUUCAGGCUCGGUGCGGUGGCUUACACCUGUAAUCUCAGCACUUUGGGAGGCCAAGGCAGGCAGAUCACAUGAGGUCAGGAGUUCGAGACCAGCCUGACCAACAUGGUGAGACCCUGUCUCUACUAAAAAUACAAAAAUUAGUUGGGUGUGGUGGCGGUGCCUGUAAUCCCAGCUGCUUGGGAGGCUAAGGCACAAGAAUUGCUUGAUCCCAGGAGGUGGAGGCUGCAGUGAGCUGAGAUCGUGCCACUGCAGCACUCCAGCUGGGUGACAGAAUGAGACCAUCUCAAAAAAAAAAAAAAAAAAGAAAGAAAGUAGAUUUCAGCCAAUUUGCUAUUCAGCAACAGGACACACCUCCCUUAAUGCCUUGUAAUAUAUUUGAAUCUGAUUCUGCAUUUCUUCCUCAACUUAUGUAAUGAAAAUAAAAUUAAUAUAUCAUCUAACAGUAGCACAAAAUUUGUAAUGUGAAGUAUGAAGAUAAUGAAGAAGUUUUCUUUGUUGAAGCAGUUAUAUGGGUCUUAGUAUAUUUCUCUAAAAUUUAAACUUAUUAAAAGAAUGUUAUUUUUAACCUUUCA